CCCGACUCUUGAACCAAAGAGUCGCCAGGUACCAAUAGGCACACGAGCGGGGAAAUUGGCAUCAGCAGUGGCAAAAUUGCAUGUUUUCCGAUAAAACGUGCUUCAACAUAUACCACAAGAUGCGUUUGGUGGAGGUGGCAUUACUGUUUGGGCAGGGGUUAUGCACAAUGGUAAAACUUUUUUUUAUUGCAAACAGAUUUUAGGGAGAAUUUUAGCUUCAUCGACGAACACCAGACCACACAGAGCUCGUACGGUA